AUGGCGACGGUCAAGUCCCUGGGGCUGCACAAGCCAGCCGGGCUUCACCAUGCGGUCCAGGAAAAUCUGAUACAACCAGACGCCCCAGCGUCUUCGUACGUCUGGGACGUUACGGUGGGCGAAGACGAGAACGAAGACGAGCUGCUGACCACGAAAAACUCCGUCGUCUGGUGCCGCGGGCGCAUCUUUCGAAAGGCCUUCAAGUUCGACCUCGAGAAGGAACCCGUCACGCAGGCUCUCCUCGCUUAUUUUCCCUCGUCCGAAGCGAACAAAACCAAACGCGAUGCGUCCAAGAAGGCACAGGAUGUUGCCCUUACCCUCGAAAAAGCCCUGGUAGUCUUCCUCAAGACGCAGGCUCACAUCUACUUUCUGUCUGGGACGAGCCACAUCGUCCAUAUGCCCUUCGAGGUCGAGUCUGCCGUUGCCGGGCCAGUCGGCGUCGUCAUACAGCGAAAGGCAAAGGCCGAAAGCACGGCUCCCGUGUCUCUAAAGUUUCCUCGCGCGCCGCCGAGCUCGUUCGUGUCAUCCCAGAUCACGGCGUUCAACAGCUCUCAACAAACGACUUUCUCCGUAGAGGGGCUUGGAAAUCCAAAGGCCCUCCAUCUCAGUCUGCGCUCGACGCUGGAGAACAUGUGGGAUGCUCCUAUGGAGCAGCCAGAGUCUCACUGGCCGCGGCUCCUGUCUCUGACCGACCCCUUGGCGGAGAUUGGCCUGGUAGUCACGGAUCCCGAGUCUCAGGCCCCUCGAACAACAAGACGGGCGACGGCGGGGAAGCCUGUCUUCCUGGACCCAGCAGAGGAGAUACUGCAUAUAGAGCAAAUCGACCUACCUGUGGCGUCUGCUAAGAGGCUACGCGAUCCCCUCGUCCUCGGCGUCUCCAUCAAUCGAGAAACCAGCUCGUACAGCGUGUGGCGCAUGACGUAUCUUCGGCACGAAGACCAGUUCAUCGGGCAGAACAAAAAGACAAAGAAGCAAAACGGUCGUCGUCGAAGCUCAAUGCAGCCUGGGUUCGCGAGCGGCACGUCGACGCCAGUCCAGCAGAAUUUCCGGGAAAGCUUUGGUGCACCGCUACCCGGAAAGCGGCAACGAAAGAGCGAGAAGCUUGAGAAGCCGCUCGAUCUGGUAACGUCACUCGAGCAGCAAGAUACGGAGGGCCCUGGGGUUGCUCGGCGUAGCUCUCGCCGACUAAGCUCAAUGCUUGCUCGAGCAGAUCUCUCAGCAUCUCACGAGCGAUCCGUCUUUGCCGACCAGCCGCUUGUGCCCAACACUGGGGUCUCCAAACGGCACGAGCAUGGACGGUCAAGCUCCAGCUUCCAACAUCCGGUUCGUCCGAGUCUUGGUAGCCUGCUCGAGGCACCCAUCGAUGCUGGGCUCGACGAAGGCCUACACAACAUGGGACUAGACGAUCACGAUUUCGAUGGUUUGCAGCGUGAAAUUCUCUUCACCCGAAUCCACACGAUAUCGCUGGACAACACUCAUCUUCGGUACUCAGCAUCGACAAGGCCAGCUCGUGACCAAUCCAAGGUCUUCAUUCUUACAGCCCCAGCAUUUGCCAUCGACGACCAGCAGCGCACGCAGCUUCUCAUUGCCAUUCAAGACUCAUUUGAGAGACGCCUGCAGCUGAUAACGCUACAUGUCAAAGUGCAAGACAAGUUUGGCCAGGCAGCCACAUCCAUCGUACCCAGGGAGCAGUGGAAAGUUCAGAACGUGGUGGACUCGUCGAAACUUGUCGACGGGGACCUGUCGGUCAUCUUAGUCCUUUCCGAAGCCAUGGAUGGGCGCCACGAAUUGAGCACUCAGGCCCCGUGGAUAGAACUGACCAAAGUUUCUCUGUCGUUGCUCUUCGUGGACGAUACGAGGGACCUGCAAUACCGAGGCCGCGCGCCUGAUCGAGACGUCAAGCACAGGAAGUCCGAGGUCAUCGAUCUGAGCAACGGCGGCAUCACCGGCAUUCGCUUUCCGCGAAAGAAUGGCCUCGUCGACGUAGCGGACGCGGACGGUCGCCUUCACCAGCUGAAAAUUCAACUGCAACCUUCUUGUCCCCAAGUCCGAAGAGCCUUGGAAAUUUGCAGGAGCGUGCUACCGGAUUCACUUGGCGGGCGAGUUCAUGCCGGAUGGCUACACGCCGUGCAGUGGCUGAACUCUCAGGGCGAAUCUGUUGUUAACGUGGAAUGGUCCGCAUUAGCUGUUCUACUCUUUGCCUCGUUUCUGAACCUUGGCAGAUCGGACGCCAAGCCAACACCAGCAGCUCGCCUGCCAGUGCGCCGCAAGAGGCCCCCAUCGGGCUCGAUCGGCUCCAUAAAGGAAUCCGAGGAUUGGCGGGCGUUGGAGAUGUCUGAAACUACAAACGCACUUGGCUGUCCAGUCUGGAUGCUGAACAAGGGCUGGCAGUGGGCUCUCGACGAGGACGAAGAGCCUGCGUCGUUGUCUCUUCAGAGUGAGCAUGGUACUUCUCAGAAGUUUGUUUCAAGACAUAUUGCUCUAGCGAGGGAGUACAUGGCUUCGCCACUGGGCGAAGCAGCCCUUGGUGCGUCUGGGUACCUGCCCACAGCGCUUGGGCGGAACACAGACGCACGCCGCAAGGUUGCCGUUGACAUCUUUAUGGCACUACACCUCCUGCUGGAGGAACAAAAGCUGGACAUUACCACGCCAGAAUGGCUGAAGUGGCACGGUUUCUGGUCCAUUUAUGAGCUCGGUAUCCAGGAGGAUGUCGAUUCGCGCCACGACACUGAGCUGAAUUUGAAGUCCCCGAUUCCUCAACCUCCAGUCGUGCCGGAUGUCCUCGAAUGGAUCCAGUCGCGCCUUGUUGGUUUGCGAGGAAAACCAUGUUUGACACCUGCAGACAUAUACUUUGCCAGCUCCCGGCUUUCUGAGGCCGAAAAGUUGGAGGACAGUAGAUGGGAUUUGAUCACCCCUCGUACUCUCAUGAUGAAGCGAUUCUUCAAGAUCAUCAAGCCAAAGUCGACAGCCGUCCAGAUGGUGGAAGCAAUGCGAGAUUGUGGGUUCACGAGUCUUGUCUUGGAAACCCUUCCGGAGGCCGUGUUGGCGCCUCUACUGGAUGCGAUAUCUCUCUGUCAGCCCCAUCCACCCUCGCAAUGGUCGCAUGAGCUCCUGGAACUGGUCAACCGUAGCGACAUCAGCCUUAUCUUAUCCUCGGAGAAGCGGCCGCGCUUGGCAACGUCAAGCAUCCUGGCCCCGACGCACGUCGCUUCUUGGGACUUUCGGCUUCUUUGCCAGAGCGUGGAGGAGACGAAUAGCCUGGGAUACGACGAGGGCGACGGCACCGAACGACAGGCCGUCAUCAGGGCACUGUUCAAAGACGAUCGCCGUCUCAAUGAAGCCCAAGAUCUGCUCUCAACUCACAAGGCCAGGGUCGUCCGCCUGGACCCGAACCCAAGCUGGCCCGAAAGCGAGUAUCUUGAGAAGCAAAAGGAGCUCGUCUCACGGAUUGCUACGGGCACGUUGGCGAUUCCAGCCGGACGUGCAUUGCUAUACUUCAGCCUACGAUACCCACUCAUCACGCAAAAGUUUCACAUCGGCGGCUUCAACCUCAACUGCGUUGUCAAACCGGCCAAUGUCACUGUCGGUGUUGACAAGGCCUUGUUCACGGAAGAAAAGGUCUGCUGGGGCUUCUUCCACCAGGGCGUUGCGGCAGGAUUGGCCAUCUCUCCGCAAGCCAAGGGUAUCGAUACAUCUUGGAUCCUAUACAACAAGCCGGGCCAGGAACUGAGCAACCGCCACGCAGGCUUCCUCCUUGCCCUCGGUCUCAACGGGCAUCUCAAGGGGGUCGCGAAGUGGGUUGCCUUCAAGUACCUAACGCCGAAGCACACCAUGACCUCCAUCGGGUUGCUUUUGGGCCUCGCGGCGUCUUACAUGGGAACCAUGGACUCCCUCAUCACACGACUCCUCUCCGUGCAUGCCACACGCAUGCUCCCUCGCGGUGCAGCAGAGCUCAAUCUCUCGCCUCUCACUCAGACAUCGGGCAUCAUGGGUAUCGGGCUGCUGUACUGCAACAGUCAGCACCGGCGUAUGAGCGAGAUCAUGCUGUCUGAAAUCGAGCAUGUUGAUGACGAGGAUGAGGAGGAGCCGCUGCGAAGCGAAUGUUACCGCCUGGCCGCAGGGUUCGCCCUGGGUCUGAUCAACCUCGGCAAAGGCAACGAUCUCAAAGGAUUGCACGACAUGAGGCUUACCGAAAAACUGGUUGCGCACGCUACCGCAACAAAGAACGUCGAUAUCGUUCACAUCCUGGACCGAGCCGCAGCGGGUGCUGUCAUGGCUAUUGCCCUCAUAUUCAUGAAGUCGGAGGACCAAAUCGUGGCUCGCAAGAUCGACGUGCCUGAUUCCGUCCUCCAGUUUGACUACAUCCGCCCAGACAUUCUCCUGCUGCGGACUGUCACCAAAAAUCUCAUUCUAUGGUCCAAGAUUGAGCCAACGUUUGCUUGGGUCCAUAACAACCUGCCCGCUGCUUACCGUCACAGGCAUAAGCUCAUGGGCAUUACGAAGCUGCGGUCCAUCGACCUGUCCUUUUACAGCAUCCUGACUGGGCUGUGUCUUUCGGUUGCCCUGCGCUUCUCAGGCAGUGCGUCAACCAAAGUGCGGGAUCUUCUCUUGCAUUAUCUCGAUCAGUUCAUGCGCAUAUCGAGGAUACCCGCUACUCCUCGCGAGCAUCCCGAUGCCGCUCCGCGUUAUGAUGAGGAACUUGCGCGAUCAAAUGCCCGGAUGUGUCAAGACAUCGUUGCGCUUUCCUGCUCGAUAGUCAUGGCGGGCACGGGCGACAUCCCCGUUCUCCGCCGACUACGUGCACUCCAUGGCCGAGACGAUCCCGACACGCCAUACGGAUCCCAUCUCGCGGCUCAUUUGGCCAUCGGCUCGCUAUUCCUCGGAUGCGGCACGGCAACCUUUGGAUCUAGCAACAAAGCAAUCGCCGCUCUCCUCAUCGCAUUUUAUCCCGUCUUCCCCACGACCGUCAUGGACAACCGCGCACACCUCCAGGCAUUCCGAUACUUUUGGGUGCUGGCGGCAGAGCAGCGCUGUCUCGUCGCCAAGGACAGUAUUACAGGACAACCGGUGUCCGUCUCGGUGCAGAUCAAGAUGAAAGACAGUUCCUCGUGCGAACAUGUUCAAAGAACAACUCCUUGCCUGCUACCUCCGCUUGAUGAGAUUGCUAGCCUAUCAACCUCAUGCGGACCUCAGUACUGGGACGUCGAGCUCGACUUCUCCAACGAGGAUGUCAAGCGGGCUUUCACCGAGUCGCAGAGUCUGUACCUGCAGCGCCGACCUCCUCGCGAAGGCGAGUUCACAUCCACCUUGCGAGAACUGGGCAAGGACACUAGAGGCGAGAAUCCGUUCGAGUGGCUGUUCAACCUGGAGCCGCUGCAGGACGUGACGCAUGCCGAGAAGGCGUCCCUGCUGGAGGCCACCAACCGCCAAGCAGAGGUUGGCUCCGCCCUAGAUGCCCGCCUGGAGCUCGAGCGCGGCAUCUCCGAGGGCGGCGACAGGGAGCGCCUCGAGGGCGCGAGACUCCUCUUCGAAUGGGGCGCCACUCGCGACCGCCUGUUGAAGACCGAUCACCCACCGUCAGCGUCACAAGGAGCUGCUCAUUCUCAGUCCUUUGGCACCGCCGACAGCCAGUCCACCAUAAGGCCACCGCCGGCCGAGGGCAGCUCCUCCCACCGCGAGAACUCUCCUCCGGACACGCCGCCGACGCCGCGGGCGAGCGAAGACGUGUGGUGGAUGCGGGACAGCGCCAUCGAGGCCCUCAAGGGAAAGGUGUGGCUGGCCGCGCAGGAGGGGUCUGAGUCGUAG